AUGACACUUACUCAGGUUCGCAUCGAAGAAGAAGAAGAAGAGACCGAGGCAACUUCGAAGGCGAGAAUCCCGAGGGAAGAUGCUGUCAUAACGAGAAUCGUUUGUUUCGAGUUGCGAAGGUGGGAAGAACAAUUGGCAGGGCAUUCCGUUUCUGGUGUCCUGCGUUGCGUGCCGCCAAAAACCAUCCACGUUUCAUCUUUUGAACCUCCCAAGAAGCAACUUUCCCUCUUCCAAAAAGAAGCUGCGCCUUUGCCCACGGUAUCUGAGCGGCUUCAUGACCUUGUCAAUGCUUUCCCACGCUUGGCUUUUGCUAAACCUCUUUGA